UUAAUUUCCUCCUCUCUCAAGCCACCACCACCUCCCAACUCAAUCAUAUAAACCUUCAUCUCCUUUCCCAACUCCCCCUACUCCCCUUCUUCUUCUUCUUCUUCUUCUUCUUCUUCUUCUUUUCCAAACAAUGAGGUCCAAAGUCCAAGCAAACCUAAACCUUAAACACAUCCUCAUAGGACUCUCCCUCAUCUUCCUCCUCCUCCUCAUCCUUAGACCAAACCUCUCUUCAUCCUCUUCUCCUUCACCUCAAAACUUAUCACCCUCUAUUAAACCAUCAUCAACAAGUUAUGAAAAACAACAAGAAAUUAAAUCACCAUCAUCUUGCACAAAGAUCCCAGCAUCACUAGCAGACACAAUAAUCCACUACACAACCCAAAACAUAACCCCACAACAAACUUUUAAAGAAGUAUCAGUGACUGCAAGAGUCCUACAAAAGAAAUCCCCAUGCAACUUCCUAGUCUUUGGCCUUGGCCAUGACAGUCUCAUGUGGAGUGCUCUCAACCAUGCCGGGCGUACAGUGUUCUUGGAAGAGGACCAGAACUGGAUUGAAAGCAUAACCAGCAAAUUCCCAAGCCUAGAAGCCUACCAUGCAACGUACAACACUAAAGUUAGCCAAGCAGAAGAGCUCAUGCAGCUUGGAAAGCAAGAAGAGUGUACUGUGGUUGGUGAUCUGAGGUAUUCUAAGUGUGCAUUGGCGUUGAAGGAAUUGCCAAGCUUGUUUUAUGAAGUUGAGUGGGAUUUGAUCAUGGUCGAUGCGCCGACCGGGUAUAUACCGGAGGCACCGGGGAGGAUGGGAGCUAUAUAUAGUGCUGGGAUGGUGGCAAGAGGGAGAAAGGAAGGUGAGACUGAUGUGUUUGUGCAUGAUGUUGAUAGGAUUGUGGAGGAUAAGUUCUCUUCUGAGUUUCUUUGUGAGAGUUAUUUGAAGGAGCAAGAAGGUAGGCUUAGGCAUUUCACCAUUCCUAGUCAUAGGAGUGAGCUUGGUAUGCCUUUUUGCCCUAAUUAGGGUUAGGGUUACGGUUAGGGCUAGUGUUCUUCAUUAUCUUUAAUCUCUAUUUUUUUUUUUACUUUUUUUUUUAUUUGGGAUCAUGUUGAUGUUAUGGAGAGGAAGAGGAAGAGGAAGCAGAGGAUGGUUGGUGAAGUUGAAUUAUUUGUGGUUUUUAUUUUUAUUUUAUUUUUGGGAUUUUAAGAUGAGAGGUGGUUAUUCAUUGGUUGGUACAUGAAAUUACACAUUUAGAAAUAUAAAUAAUGGAAAAAAUAUGUGUUUUUUUAAUGUAAA